AUGGAGACUCGGGCAGAUAUUCCACCAGAUCUCACCGACGAAGACAAAGCUUUCUUGUUUCAAACUCUCGACGUUGAGCUGAAUUCAGGAAUUUUCUACGCGCUGUUGUAUGGCGUAUACACCGGUAUUCUUGCUGUUACGUUGUGGAAUAUUUUCAUCAAUAAAAUUCGGCCGGUCCGACGAACCUUGGUCGUCAUAAUUAUUCUCCUGCACGCUCUCAUUACUAUCAAUUUUGCUGCCGAUUGGUCAUGUACACGCUCCGCAUUCAUCGAAAACGGGCAAAGUUUUUGGACCGUAUAUUUGAAUCUUAAUGUAACCGAAGCUUCCUAUUGGGAGAUGGAUAUUCCAGCCUUAAUGAGUACCAUUCUUACAGACUCAUAUAUAUGCUGCUGGGUGGUUUGGGGACGGCGCUGGCUUAUUGUUCUGCUUCCAAUCAUUUGCCUAAUUACUGCAACUGUGUCGAAAGUCCUUCAAGUAUAUUUAGUAAACUCCAAUGCUUAUAUGUUGUACGAAGUAUUCCUGAUGCUCUACAUAUCCUUUGUCCUGGCAACGACAUUGUGGUGCACGCUACUCAUCAUUUUUCGCAUUUUGACUGUUACUGGAGUUGGACGCGGAACAGGCGGCCGACUGAGUGUUUAUCGCCGCUUUAUUGGAGUGCUAGUGGAAUCCUCCGCUUUUUAUUCAAUAGUUCUGAUUCUAUACUUGGCUUUAUUCAUUCGCAAUGAUUUUGGGUUUUAUUACCUUGAUGCGAUAGCUAGCAUUGCGAAGGGAGUUGCACCCAUGCUCCUUGUGGGCAGAGCAGCGGCAGGUCAACGCGCCCAACCGAAGAACAUGAUGAAACUUCGGUGGUGUCUACCAUUCGUUUCCAGACGUCUGCGCAAUCUUCUCACCCUUCGCAACCUUCUACUUCAAGCUAUCAGGAAUCCACUAUGCAGAGCACAGUCCCUGAAGUGGACCUUGAAGCUCAACUGGAGCAGUCGGAUGAGUUCGCCGUAUCCGUUGUAA